AUGAAGGAAAUGGGACAGCCGAUCUUCCUGGGCGUCAGCACAACCUUUUUGGCCAUCUUGCCCCUGGCCUUCUCAGCGAGCCAGGCCUUCCGCGUGUUCUUCCAGAUGUUCUUUGGCAUUGUUGUGGCAGGCGGCUCACACGGGUUGAUUUUCCUCCCCGUCUGCAUGUCGGUGUUCGGGCCAAGCGUGACCAAGACUACCAAUUUGGAGACAGACGCAGAGGCUGCUGUUGGCAAGGUGGCCAAUGUUGAGACGAAAUGA